UCGGGCAGGGCCAGACCCCGUGGAGCUGCAGAGGCAGCAGGAGUCGCGGCGGCGCGCCCUCGCGCGCAAGAGAGCCAAGGCCGCGCUGCGCCCCUUCUCCCAGCCCGUGGAGGGCCGCAAGCACGUUGACGUACAGACCGAGUUGUACCUGGAGGAGCUGAGUGGCCGUGUGCAGGAGCGCGACUGGGGCUGUCAGACGGACGCCUUCCUCGACCGCCCCGCUAGCCCUCUCUUCAUCCCCGCCAAGAGCGGGCGCGAUGCCACCACGCAGAUCCUGCCGGGCGAGCUGUUUGACUUUGAGGUGGAGGUACGGCCCCUGGUGGAGGUGCGGGGCAAGACGGUGGAGCAGUCGCUGCUGGAGGUGAUGGAGGAGGAGGAGCUGGCGUCGCUGCGUGCCCAGCAGCGCGCCUUCCUGGAGCUGCGCAACGCCGAGCGCGCCGAGGCCCAGCGGCUCCACGAGCAGGACCGGAGGCUGCGCGCCGAGAAGGAUCGCCGGCGGCGGCAGCAGCAGGAGGUGGUGGCGCAGGAGAAGGAGGUGGCGGACAAGGUGGCGGCGCGGGCGUUCGCCAAGCGCUACCUGGGCGACCUCAUCCCGGCCGUGUUCAGCACGCUGCGCGACACGGGAUACUUCUACGACCCCGUCGAGAGGGAUGUGGAGAAUGCGUUCAUGCCCUGGCUGAUGAACGCCGUGGAGGCAGAGCUCCAUAAGGCACUGGAGGCCCGAGCUCUCCUGGACUCGAUCAUCCGCGACGUGGCAGCUCGUAGAGAGAGGAGCUACGGAGGAGGAGAGCCUUCUGAGAGCUAA